CUCUCCUCUCUCUCUCUCUCUCUCUCUCUUUCUCUCGCUAUCUCUCAGUCAUUUCUCUCACUUUCGUUGUGUCUCUGACAGAGGAUAACACCCUGCUUCCUGACAGGGACUGAGACCGAGAAGAGCAACAACUCAGAGAGCACCACAGAAAGACGAGCGACCCUCCCGGAGCGGUGAGGCUGCCUGCCUGCGAGUGGAGCGCUGGGGAGAGCCGCUCAGACACUUGUCCUUUCUCUUGCGCCAGCCCCGUGUGGAUAUUUACCCGUGCUGCUCCGGCUUCUGUGAAUGAGUGGGGGAGCGUGACAGCGGCGAGCUGUGAAUGGACAGGCAGCUUUGUCUUAGUCUGAAGGGGGAGAUGUGAUGAGAGAGCACUGUGACUGAACAACACUUCUUAGUCUGAGGGAUUUACACCAAAACAAAAGAAAAAGAGAGAAACAUACCUGAAGAAAAGAGGAGAUAUCUAUCGGCUGAUGAUGGCGUACAGAGAAGAGGACCUAAUUGGGAUCCCGUUCCCCAACCACAGCAGCGACGUGCUCUGCAGUUUGAACGAGCAGCGGCGCGAAGGUCUCCUGUGCGACGUGGUCCUGAUCGUGCAAGAUCAGGAGUACCACACGCACCGCUCCGUGCUGGCCGCCUGUAGCCAGUACUUCAAGAAGCUCUUCACCGUGGCAACGGACACCAGCGAGUCGCACGCCGUGUACCAGAUUGACUUUGUGGGGCCGGAGUCCCUGACGGCCAUCCUAGAGUUCGCCUACACCUCAACCCUCACGGUCACUGCCAGCAACGUGAAGCAGAUCCUAAAUGCCGCACAGAUGCUGGAGAUUCCCUGCAUCAUCAAUGUUUGCCUAGAGAUCAUGGAUGGAGGCGGGGGAGAGGAAGGCGGAGGUGGCGAGGGUGGAGGAGGAGGAGGAGGGGACCACGGCUAUGAGGAGGAGGAGGAGGAGGAUGAGGACGACGAAGAGGAGGAGGACGAUAUGGAGGAUGAUGCGGAGGAGUCCAGGGAAGAGGAACCUGAAGAGCCCGAGGAUGACACCAGUGAGAAGUCCACCCAGGCGUCCGAGCAUCAGGAGGCAGGCGCCCUGGAGCAGGGAGAGACGGCCGAGCGCGGGGAGAGCCCGCCGUGCAGCUCCAAGCAGGAGCAAAGCCACAGCCGGCCCGAGAGGAGGUGUCAGGAGGAGAGCCCGGACAAGGGCCGCGAUCCAGACGGCCUGGAGGGCCGAGCCCUGAAAGACUUUUCCAUUGAGUCACUGCUCCAGGAGGGCCUGUACCCGAAGAUGCCGGGGCUGGAGCGAGGCUCGGGCUACUCCCCGCUGCUGCCUGGCUUCUACCCUCCGAUGUGGGCCGCCGAGUUCCCCACCUUCCCACAGAUCCUGGAGCCCCACCACGCCCCCCACCCCUAUGGGCCGCAGAUGGAGAACACACCUCUGGACCUGGCCGUGAAGAAAGAGGUCAUCCAGGAGGACCUGAAGGAGGAGGUGGCCCCUGGGCUGCUGCACCGGGACUUCCUGAAGGAGUUCAUGGGCCCAGGGCUCGGCGUGCUCCCGGAGGCCCAGCUGAGUCAGAUCAAGGACGAGGCGGACCUGCGCUCCUACCUGAGCUUCCUGAGCGCCUCUCACCUGGGCGUCUUCCCCCCCUGGCAGCUCGAGGAGGAGCGCAAGCUGAAGCCCAAGGCCUCACAGCAGUGCCCCAUCUGCAACAAGGUGAUCCAGGGAGCGGGGAAGCUGCCCCGCCACAUGCGCACACACACAGGGGAGAAGCCCUACAUGUGCACCAUCUGUGAGGUGCGCUUCACCCGACAAGACAAGCUGAAGAUCCACAUGCGUAAGCACACCGGCGAGCGUCCCUACAUCUGCCUCCACUGCAACUCUAAGUUUGUGCACAACUACGACCUGAAGAACCACCUGCGCAUCCACACAGGUGUGCGGCCCUACCAGUGCGAGCACUGCUACAAGAGCUUCACGCGCUCCGACCACCUGCACCGCCACCUGAAGCGCCAGAGCUGCCGCGUCUCACGCCCGCGACGGGGACGCAAGCCCGCCGCCUGGCGCGCCUCCAACUUCCUGUACCCGACCGACCCCCACCUGCACCAAGACAAGGGCCUGGCUGCCGGGUGCCGGCUGCUGCCCACACCUUUGCCUGCCCUGGGUGCCCGCGGCCUGGCAGAGAGGCGCCCGCAGGGGGGGAGAGCUCUAGAGGACUGUGAGGGUGGCGGCAGGGAGGCAGCGGAGGCGCGGCUGGUGGACAGGAGUCACAUGGCCGGGGAGGCGGAGAGGAAAAGGGGGGUGUUCUCCUUCACCCUGGCCCGGGACGAUGUUCUGCCCCACGCACCCUUCCCGUUCCCCGCACCGCCGCCGCCACACAGCGACCCCUGGACUGUCAGGCUGGACAGGGCUCCACCCAUCCCUGAGGCAGCAAACUGACCUCCCAGAACUCCCUGAGUUUGCUGCUCCGCACAGAAUUUACGUAUGCAUGAGCAAAAACACACUCAGACACGGCACACAGAUAAACACACACACA